AUCAUCUUCCGUUUUUUUUUUUCGGUUGUGAUCUUCUUAUCUGUGCUAUCACCUUCCCAUUAAUCACCGUUUCAUCAUCAGAUCCAUCUUAUCUCAAUGGGUGCCGCUGAAUCCUCCAUGUUCAACUCUCUGGAGAAGAACUCCAACUUCUCAGGACCGGAGCUUAUGAGGUUGAAGAAGAGGUUCAUGAAGCUUGACAAGGACGGUUCCGGAUCGAUUGACAAAGACGAGUUUCUUCAGAUCCCUCAAAUCGCGAAUAACCCUUUGGCGCAUCGAAUGAUAGCAAUCUUUGAUGAAGAUGGAAGUGGAACGGUUGACUUCCAAGAAUUUGUCGGAGGUUUGAGCGCUUUCAGUAGUAAAGGAGGUCGUGAUGAGAAGCUGAGAUUCGCUUUCAAGGUGUACGACAUGGAUCGAGACGGCUACAUCUCUAACGGUGAACUGUAUCUUGUGUUGAAGCAAAUGGUCGGAAAUAACCUUAAAGACCAACAAUUGCAACAAAUUGUAGACAAAACCAUCAUGGAGGCUGACAAGGACGGGGAUGGAAAGCUCUCUUUUGAGGAGUUCACACAAAUGGUCGCCAGCACAGAUAUUGUGAAGCAAAUGACCCUUGAAGAUCUUUUCUAAUUUUCCAUUCCUACCCCACAUACACCAAUGCCUGUCGUUAGUUAACGAGAUUAUGACGGAGUGUACGAUACCCUUAUUUUGUAUACACUAUGACGAUAUGUCAACGAUAUAAGUCGUUGAACAAGAGACUCGAUGAUGUAGGGUGAGAAUUCUUAGCAAGACGAUGGCCGCGACAAUCAAUUUUUGCGCGAAAUACUUCUACCUGGGAAGAGGAGCUUCAAGAGUGAGGAAUCUUGACCGUCUAUAGGACUCCCAACGUAAUGACUUUUCCAUUGUGUCGACAGUGACGGCAUUUUUGAAAAGCUUAGAGUCAAGAUCAAACAUGCGAACAUACAUGGACAGAUUACAUUCCCUACAGAUUGCUGGUUGGAGCCGUCAAACGACGGUUAAUGAUGACUUAGAUUAUAGGUAUAAGGUUUCUCCCCAUUCAACACAGAGGAAUGAUUUCGGUGUUAAAGUCUUCAGAUAUUUAUGAGGUGAAGAGCCAUCUUUCCUAAGUUACUUACAGUUCACCUCUUGACUGGUCGCUGCUCUUCCCAUCACAGUCCACCACGUCCGCUAAUUGGGGACUCCCAACGACUUCCUGUACCACUCUACGUGCCUUGGCAUUCUCCUCUGUACGUUCGCUGACGGGCUCUCGGGAAGAUUUUGCCUUCUCAACAAGUUUUUUGAAACCCGAGAUUGCCGCUUUGACGGGGCUACCAUCAGGUGUUUUGUAUCCUCCACAUGGGGUCGAAGCUGCGCUGAGUGCUUUUGGUGGUGGUGGCGUCAAGGCGUUUUGAAGGUCCCUCCUUUCCGCAUCUAUGGGGGUUGGGUGAGGUUCACGGAUACUGAUUGGUUCAGUUUCUGAAAGUGGGGUCAGACCUGAUGUAACGCUGUUAGGUGUCGGUACUUCGAUAUGAAUUUCAGGCUUGGUUUCCUCAGAUGUUGCGGUAUAAGGUGCCCGAACGUUGACGGAUUCAUUCUCUGCUAGAAGAGUAUGGCCGGGAUUGACGUUUGCAUACAGUGGCAGAUCGUGAUCUGGAGGUUGAAGACUGAUAGCUUCUGGAGCAGUAU